AGCUCCUCCCUCUCACAGCUCUUACCAGGAAGAGACUGACGUGUUAUUUCUGCUUCUCUCACACUGACUCUUUUCUCUACUGACAAAAACAAUAAAGAACCAGCCAUCGGUGAAGAACCAAGAGAAACACUUUAGAGAAGGAUCUUUGUGAAGUUUGGUUCUGAAUAGAUAUUAGAUAUUUGUGAUUCUCAAGGGGAUUUGUUUUUCAAACUGUCGUUCAGAAAGUGAAAGUAAAGUUUAGAUCACUGGAGCUCAAAGAGUGAAAAUGGCUUCUCUAUCUGAAGAUGAUAUUGCGUGUCCUGUAUGUCAGGAAAUCUUCAAGAAUCCUGUAGUUUUAUCAUGUAGUCACAGUGUCUGUAAAGAGUGUCUUCAACAGUUCUGGACAACCAAGAAAACUCAGGAGUGUCCCGUCUGCAGAAGAAGAUCCUCAAAAGAAAAUCCUCCAGUUAGUCUUGCAUUAAAAAACUUGUGUGAGUCGUUCCUGAAGGAGAGAAAUGAGGUUCGUUCAUCAGGAUCUGAGGAGAUCUGCAGUUUACACAGUGAGAAACUCAAACUCUUCUGUCUGGAGGACAAACAGCCGGUGUGUUUAGUGUGUGUUAACUCUCAGAAACACGACAAUCAUAAAUUCAGACCCAUCGAUGAAGUGGUUUCAUCAUAUAAGGAGGAGCUCAACACAGCACUGAAAUCAUUACAGGAGAAACUGAAAGACAAUGAGAAAACAAAAGGAGAGUUAGAGAAAACAGCUGAACACAUCAAGUCUCAAGCUGAGCACACAGAGCGUCAGAUUAAACAGCAGUUUGAGAAGCUUCAUCAGUUUCUCAGAGAUGAAGAAGAAGCUACAAUCACUGCACUGAGAGAGGAAGAGGAGCAGAAGAAGCAGAUGAUGAAGGAGAAGCUGGAGGAGAUGAACAGACACAUCUCAGCUCUUUCACACACAAUCAAAGACACGGAGGAGAAGAUGAGAGCCAGUGACGUCUGCUUUCUGAAGGAGUUUCCGGUCUCGAUGGAAAGAGUCCAGAUCUCAUCACAGCCGGAUCCACAGACUCCUUCUGGAGCUUUGAUUCAUGUGUCACGUUACUUGGGGAACCUGUCCUUCAGAGUCUGGAAGAAGAUGCAGGACAUCGUCCAGAACACUCCUGUGAUUCUGGAUCCAAACACGGCUCAUCCACUCCUCGUUCUGUCUGAUGAUCUGACCAGUGUGAGAUGCAGUGAUAAUCAACCUGUUCCUGAUAAUCCAGAGAGAUUUCAGUAUUAUUCCUGUGUUCUGGGUUCAGAGGGUUUUAACUCAGGAACACACUGCUGGGAUGUGGAGGUUAAAGAGAGUUCACUCUGGAUUAUUGGAGUAACUACAGCAUCAAACCAGAGGAAGGGACGGGAUUUCUAUGAGACUGGUGUCUGGUGUGUGUGGUAUGGAGUAUCUCCAGGUUCUGGUUUUCGUGUUAAACGUAAUCUUGAUCGUGUGAGAGUGAAUCUGGACUAUGACAGAGGAACAGUGUCAUUCUCUGAUCCUGUAACUAACACACAUCUACACACAUUCACAACCUCCUUCACUCACACACUCUUCCCUUUCUUCUCCUGUUAUCAUUCUUCUCUGAGGAUCUUAUCGAUCAGUAGUUGAUGAUAAAGGAUUAGACUAAAUCAUCUUAAUCAUAUCUGACCAAUGAGAAACAGUGAUGUGUCACAGAUCCUGAUUAAAUGAGUCAGUUACACAACAAAUAUUAAUAAUCACUUGUAUAAACUAACAAUGUGUGAUUUCAUGAUUUCAGUCUCAUUUUCAGAUUGAAACAUUAAAAGUUUGUCAUGAUUGUUAGGUUUUAAACUGUGGUCAAAUGUCUGGAAACCCUGAUUUUUUCUUUGUUUCUCAAACUAAAUAUUCAAGUCACUUUUAUUUCUAAAGAACUUUAUAUAAUUCAGUUUAAUUCAAAGCAGCUUUAUAUUAAUAAACAGGAAAAUAACAGCAUCAGUGUUGGAAACUGAAUUAAUUUGUUCCUAAUGUCAGAUAUGAAGCAGAUCUUCAGAAGAGAGUAUAUCGCGUCAUUAUUCAGAUGAUGGUUAUGUUCUGUUUGGGUUUAGUUUUCCCCGUGUUUCUGUUUCCUGAUUGAAUUAUUCAUUAGUUUCUCUGGUUUGGAUUGUUUCAGUUUUCUAGUGUUGAAGUCCUGUGUUUUGCCUCAGCUCCUCAGUUCUGCUCCUGAUGUUAUCUGUGUUGGUUUUCUGUGAGGAUGUUAUUAAAGAUGUGACAUGAAGUCAAACAUUAA